AAGAAAGCAGCAGGACGACUGCAGCAUGGAGCAAAAGCUGGACUGCAUCGUGACUCAGUUCACAGAUAUGAUGGAGGAGCUGAGGAGAGAAAUCAGAGAAGUGGAAAAACUGCAGGAUUUAGAGAAGAGACUGAAAACUAUGGAAGCAACGCUGGAGGAGCUGAAGAAGGACAAAGAGAAAAAGGUCGCCUUUUCUGCAUCACUGUUGGCCUCUGGAGAGGGACACACUGGACCCAUGAACCCUGUGCCGUCACCACUGAUCUACAAAAAAGUCUUCAGCAACUACGGAAACGGCUACGACUCAAAUACAGGGAUUUUCACUGCUCCGAUUAAAGGAGUUUACUUUUUCAGGUUUUACGCUCACUGUCACCCUGGCACCAAAAUGGCUGUCAGCCUGUACAAAAAUGAUCAGGGGCAGUGCUCUGUGUUUUCUUGGAAGCCAGUAACCAAUGGCAACGCCAGCAACAGCACUGUCCUCACUCUGGAGAAGGGAGAUCGGAUCUACACCAAGCUCUGGGAGGACAGCUGGGUGUUCGAUGAUCCAGCUGGCUACACAAGUUUCAGUGGAUUUUUGCUUUUCUCUCUUUAAACGUAAACCUGAAAUUCUGAAACGUCAUAGAUUCAGCAUUUACAUUAUAUUAUAACAUUUACAUUACGCCUUAAUAUGUGGGUGCGGGUUAUAUUGCUGGAUCUUACAGUUAGAAUAUUGGAGAAACAUUAUUCAGACAGUUUAAUCAUAAAGGAGGGAACGUAUUUCUCAGAACCUGGUAAUAAAGUCUCAUAUACUAUCUAAAAAUCAUCUGAGCAUUUAAUGGCCAUCUUUCU